AUGCUUGUGAUUGAGCUUCGCAUCAAGAAUGGCGCACAGAACCUCCUUCAAACCGGCCUUCGCCGCGCGGAGAAGACCACCGUCCAGAAGCAGCUCGAUAAGAGCAACCGCACGAUCGAUCAAAUUCGCCAGCGGAUUGCCACGCUCAGCGGCGAUUGCAUCACCCGCCAUGGGUCGGACAUCCCCACCACCGGUGCGCCUCCAGGCCCCUGCUUCUUUUGCCUUCCUCGCCGCCCCGCCGCUCCCCCACCCCCCUCCCUCUCACCCGAAACCCAUGACCUCACCGACCCGGCCACCGCCAUCGGCCUUACUCGUGAUGAGAUCCUCGAGCGCAUCCGCUUCCUCCGGGAGAAGAUCACCAUUGAACAGCGCCUGAAGAGCGGCGCCGAGGGGAUGGCCCUGGCGUAUGGCUCCCAGGGGCGCGGGUCGUCGCCUUCCCUCCUGGGGUCCUCCUCCUCGGCCCACCUCGCCCCUGGCAGCAGCUCGCACUCGCAUCACUCGUCCUCCCCCUCGUCGACCUCCCUGUCGCGGGUGUCCUCCUCGCCGUCCUCCUCGCUGCCACUCACCUCCGGCGGGUCGCCCGGCAGCACAAGCAACCUGCUAGCCAGCGGCUCCAACGGCCACCUGAAUGCCGGCAAUGGCACCGGCUCCGGGCACUCAUCCUCCCCCUCCAGUGCCUCCUUCCCGGCGUAUGACGCCGGGGCCGAUCCCAUGAUGAGCCAGGUGUUCAAUUUGCUGAUCGAUUACACGGCCAAGAUCUCGCUCCUGCGCAUGGCCGUCCAUCGCUAUUGCAACGCCCUGAAGAUCGCCCCCGACGAUGAGAAGGCCCUCGAUGACCUGCUGGCCACGCUCCCCCAGUCGGACAAUGCAGCCACCAAGGCCAAGCAGCGCGGCCACCUGACCGGGCGGUUCCGGAUCAAAUUCAUGUCCGCGCGCGACCUGGCCCAGCCGCACCGGCGCCCGGAAACCCGGAUCGUGGUGCGCUGCGACCACGACAACCGGGCCAAGACCGCCUUCAAGCCGGCCAAGGGGUCCGUGUGGACUUGGAACGAGGAGAUCGACCUCCAGCUCCAGGGCACCCGCGAUAUCCAGCUCCUGGUGUACGACCGGACCACCCUGGUGGGGGUGCACUUCCUGGACAUCGCCAAGCUGCUGGGCACCUCGCGCUUUGCCCUGACCUCCGGGCAGGAUGAGGUCCAUUCGCUGGCGAUCGAGCCGCGCGGCGAGCUGGACAUCAGCAUGAACUUCGUGGACAGCCGCCAGCAGGGGAACUUCCGCCGGCGCGGCGCCGUCAAGCUCACCCGCAAGCCGAUGGAAAUGAUCCGCGUGUUCGGUCUCAAGUCCACGGUGGAGAUUUCGGCCCAGCUCCAGAAGGAGAUGACCACCGUCCGGCGGAAGGAGCGCGGCAGCACCGCCGGCCCCGGGGCCCUGGGCCAGGGCACCGCCAUGGGCGGCCCGAGCGCGGCCUCCGGCUUCAGCAGCCUCACGGCUCCCUCUUCCCCGUCGGUGACCCCGAUGCCCUACCACCAGCAGCAGGCGGCCAAGCCGGGGCCGGCGUCGUCCGGCGGCACCGCGGCCGCCAUUCACGACCCGGCCGCUUCGACCCCUCGGCUACAUGUGGACACCGGUGUGCCGGCCGCGGCCACGGCCAAGCCCCCGGCCGGGGGGCCGUCUGCCACGUCGGAGGCGGCGGCCGCCGAGAUGGCUGGCCGUGUGUCGCCGACCAUCGCGGCGCCUCGGGCCGGCGGCGGCGGCGGCGGUGCCGGGCCCGGCUCGGCGGCCUCCUCGCCGAUGGCUCUCUCGCCGCCGCCGUCGCAGCUGCAGGCCGUGGUGCCGGCGGCGGCCUCCUCGCCGACGGCCGGCCCGGCGGCCGCGGCGGCCCCUCCCGCCUCGCGCAUGACCUCCAUCAAUGACUUCAACCUGGUGCGGGUUUUGGGCAAGGGCAACUUCGGCAAGGUGAUGCUGGCCGAGGAGAAGGUUUCCGGGCGCUUCUACGCCAUCAAGGUGCUGAAGAAGGAGUUUGUCCUGGAGAAUGACGAGCUGGAGUCCGUGCAGGCGGAAAAGCGCGUCUUCCAGACCGCCAACCGGCUGAACCAUCCGUUCCUGGUGAAGAUGCACAGCUGCUUCCAGAAUGAGGACCGCCUCUUCUUUGUCAUGGAGUACAUCAGUGGCGGUGAUUUGAUGAUGCACAUCCAGCGGCAGGUGUUCGACCCGACCCGGGCCCGGCUCUAUGGCGCGCAGGUUCUCCUGGCGCUGGAGUACCUGCACCACAACAACAUCAUCUAUCGCGACCUGAAGCUGGACAAUCUCCUGUUGGAUUUGGAGGGUCAUGUCAUGGUGGCGGAUUAUGGCCUGUGCAAGGAGAACAUGUUCUUCGAGAGCACCACCAACACCUUCUGCGGCACGCCGGAGUUCAUGGCCCCGGAGAUCCUCCUGGAGAAGGACUACGGCCGGGCGGUCGACUGGUGGGCCUUCGGUGUGCUGAUGUACGAGAUGAUCCUGGCCCAGUCGCCCUUCCGCGGCGAGGCCGAGGAGGAGAUCUUCGAGUCCAUCCUCACGGGCAAGGUGUACUUCCCGAGCCACAUGGACACGCAUGCCAUCCGGCUGAUUGAGAGUGACAGGGACCGCUCUCCUGGCCGCGACGGGGGGGCUUCUGACGAUGAAGCCGCUCCGCCGCCACAAAAACCUGAUUACGGUCUGUCAGGCCUCCUAGCAGCCGCGUCCAACCUCAAUGAGAAGGGUGUCGCGCUGAAGUAUGCCGAACCGCUGGAGGCUGCCCGGCCGGGCCCGAGCGAUCCCCAGUGGCGUCUGGCCAUUCUGCCGGAAGGCGCCAGCAGUCCAACCAUGAUGCGCCUCGGCGACCGGAGUGCCCUUCUGGUUGGGCGCGACCUCAACGCCGCGGACCUCCCGGUCAAUCAUCCCUCCGUCUCGGGACAGCAUGCCGUUGUGCAGUUCCGUAAGCGCACUCUCACCGGCUCGGUGUCGGGCACCGUGGCCACGCAGAUUCUGCCCUACCUGAUCGACCUCCAGUCGACCAAUGGCACCCUCUUGAAUGGGGAGAAGAUCGUACCGAGGCGGUUUGUCGAGCUCCGGCAUCGGGACGUGAUCAAGUUCGGCCUCGAGGACACGUGCUUCAUUGUCCUCUGCGAGAGCAAUGUUUCCAAUUAA